CUCAUCCGAGCAGCAGCAACAGCCAUGGCACCACUGAGCAGCGUCGACAUCAAGAAGCUCGAGGCCAAGAUCAAGGAAGAUGCCAAGCACACCAAUGAGCUGACCAAGAUCAGCGCAUGCCUCAAGAAGGGCGACAAGGCCGCGGCCCAGACCGCUGUGCAGUCGCUCCGCCGCCUCUUCCUCUACUUUGCCGAGAAGGGCGACCUUCGCAUUCCGGACUUGAGCAAGACGCAGGACGCCGUCGCCAAGUACCGCAAGUGGCUUUGGGACAACUAUGUCGCCUUCCUCGACACGAUGGUCGAGUGGCUCGACGACGAAGACGACAACGUGCAGAUCGCCGCUCUCCGAACGCUCAUGGACGUCGUGGCACGCGAAAAUGUCUUCAAGGGGCUCAAAGAAGAGGGUUUCGGCAACGAAACCUACAGCCGCGUCGUGCGCCAGCUCCUGCUCUCGGAAGAGUUCAACGGCGAGCUGCUCAGCGUCUUCAAGGGUGAAUUCGUCGCUGCGUACAUCGACGUGCAGUACUACACGAUGAAGACGCUCGCGGUGGUGCUGGACGCUACUACGACCAAGCCGACGUCCGCGCUCGUCCGCAACGCACUGGCGGUCAUGGACAUGGUGACUGUGCCCGACAGCCGCGACGAUAUCGCGACGUUCCUCGUGACGCCCAAGAUGACGGAACGCGACAUCGCCAUGGCGGCCAAGGACGCCGAAGACGAGGAUGAUGAGGAUGACGAAGAUGACGAGGAGGACGAAGAUGAAGACGAAGUGGCUGUGAACGCGAACGGGAAGCGCCCGGCGGCGUCGACGGGCGGUCCGCUCAAGAAGAAGAAGAAGUCCAAGAGCCCGUCGCUCUACAACCCGCGCGAACACGAACGUGCGUUCAGCGCCGCGUGGAUUGCGCUGUUGAAGCACCAGCUGCCCGAGGACAUGUACAAGACCGUGUUGGCCAAGCUCCCGGACGAGAUCAUGCCGUACUUGGUGGACCCGAUUUUGCUGGCGGACUUUCUCACCGACUCGUACAACGUCGGUGGCAUCACGAGUCUUCUCGCCCUCAACUCGCUCUUCCUCCUCAUGCAAGAGUUCAACUUUGACUACCCCGACUUCUUCCCCAAGCUCUACGCGCUCAUCGGGGACACGUCGCUCCUCCGCUCCAAGUACCGAAAGCGCUUCUUCAAGCUCCUCACCCUCUUCCUGUCGUCGACGCACUUGCCCGCGUACCUCGUCGCGUCGUUCGCCAAGCGGCUCGCGCGCGUGGCGCUCACGGCCGAACCUGGCGCCAUCCUCUUCAUCGUGCCCAUGGUGUACAACCUCGUCGUGCGCCACAAGGAGUGCACGCAGCUGAUCCACCGCACGUCCGUCAUGACGGUCGCUGAGAAGGCCGCCGAGAAGCGCGCGAACCUCGGCCUCAAGAACGAGGUCGAUGCGGCCGCGGCCAAGAUCGCUAAGGAAAGCAGCAAGAUCACGCUCAAGGGCGGGAAGGACCCGUUCGACGCGACUACCAACGACCCGGCCAAGACGAACGCGCUCCAGAGCUCGCUCUGGGAGAUGGUGUCGCUCAUGGAGCACUACCACGCCGACGUGCAGGCCAAGGCGAGCAUGUUCAAGGAGAAGAUCCGGACCGCGAUGCUCGACAUGACGCCCGAGAUGAUGGACGUCCAGUACGACGCCCUCGUCGAGUCGGCGCUCAAGCGGCGCGAGAACCAAAAGGUGCCGGUGGCGUACGAGCGCUGCACAGCGGUGUUUGGCGCCGACGACGGCUUUGCCAACGUGUUUGCGCUUUAGAUCGAUCCACUAAUUCUACAACUAACCCUGCUUUGCUUCCUCUACGAAA